CAACAUUGACUCAUUCAUAUAUUUAUAUAUAGAAGGCCGAUACAUUUGAAACGCAAAAACUAUCAACAUGAGCAUCCGACACUAUAUAGACAAGUUUUUAUUGUUGUCAUGGAGACUACAUAGGACACAGUGGAAUCGCCCGCUGGAGCUGGCCUGGUUGAUAUUCGCGCCCUUCGCGCUAUGCUGCAUUGGUGUGGGCUUGCGCCUGAGAUCCGACGUAUCCGAACGCUUUAACAGCUUCUACGACCCAAUAGAUCUAUCCCAGAGCUGGGACGAUUUGAUGGAGACGCUAGCGAUGCGCCAAAAAAUUGCGCAAGAGCAUAACGUUAGUAGUAAUGUCUUUAUACCGCAGUUAGUGCUGGCCUGGGCGCCCAACGAUUACAAUAUAUUUGGCAAGAUCAUGGAUAUCUCAUUGAACAAACUGAAAUCAAUAGAAUUACGCAACUAUAGUGAUUGUUCUGACAUGAAGAUAGCUGUACAGGACGAAUAUCUAUUUGCUGGCGUUUGCUUUGAUCACAGUCAGUUCGAAAAGCAAUAUGUGUUCGCUGGCGAUUUUUUGGGCCCAGAUGAGUUGGUACUGCCACACAUCAACUACUCAAUUAUUUAUCCCAGCGAGCUGCGCAUCUUCAAAAAUACUUUUAUUGGCGAUAACUGGAAGACAAUCCAUUAUGACGAUCCCAAAUUGACUAUAGCACGGCGUUUGAAUGAUGACAGCAUAGAUGGUCAUUGCAGUUAUAUCCGCGAAGGUUUUCUCAAUAUCCAAAUAGCCAUAACCGAAACUUAUCUAGUAAUGGUCAGCAGAACGGCCCUACCUAAGAUUGUACUACGACGCUUUCCAGUCAAUGGACGCAUAGCUGAUCCGCAAAUGAAUCUCACAAAUCAAGCUAUACCCAUUCUACUUGUUUUUGGCUUUAUGUUUCCGGCGCAAAUACUUGUCUGUCAAGUCGUUCAAGAGAAGCAGCGUCAGAUGCGUCUAUUUCUUAUCAAUAUGAAUAUUGGCAACAUCAUACAUUUUAUAAGUUGGUACUGCAAAGGACUCGUCUAUAUGCUGAUGACCUCAAUUCUGAUAAUGAGCGUCGUCAAGAUUCCUUGGAAUAAUACGGAAACCAUAUUUAAGCAAACGCCAUGGUAUAUUAUUUUACUGGUGCUCUUUUCGUAUAAUGUGGCAGCAACUAGUUUCUGCUUAUUGAUUGCCUCGUUCUUCAAGAACAGCUCACUGGCGUUGCGGAUAGUGACAUUACUCUGGAUAAUCACAUAUUUGCCAUACUUUGUGAUAUACAAUAAUCGGGAAAAAAUUGAUGCAAUAGUUACAUAUUUAUCUUGUGCGUUUCCGAACACUGUAUUGGCGCUAAUUUGCCAGAGCCUAAUUGAGCGCGAGACGUUCUAUGAUAAGCAAUGGUCGGAUCAGGGUUAUGCUUUAAGCUAUGUAGGCGAACGAAUCAGGGUCUAUCAGGGCAUAUAUAUAUUUCUGAUAACCACAGUUAUAUAUGCCGCCAUCAGCAUAUAUAUGGAUGUAUGGCAUACGGGCGAAACAGGCGGCAGGCGGCGCAAGCAUACAGCUGCACCCACACAUAGCGGCGACUUCACCUAUCAGGACCGUGACGAUAGCUUCUUACCGCAGGGCCCACAGCCGGUUGGAGUGAAGGCAACCAAAAUCUAUGAGGUGGAGCCAUCACAUCGACGUUUCAAGAUCAAAAUCAAGAAGCUGUGCAAGCGAUAUACGAGCACCAGCCGUGGUGCCCUCAACUCUUUUACAUGGAAUGUUUACGAGAAUGAGGUCACCGUGCUUAUGGGUCACAAUGGCUGCGGCAAAACGACACUGCUUAAGAUACUCGCUGGUCUGAUAGAGCCGACUCGUGGCGUUGUCAUGAUAUCCGAUUAUAAUAUACAAACUGAAAGGCAUGAUGCAUCUAUGCAACUUGGUCUGGCACUAAAUGAAGAUCUGCUUUCGCCAGAUCUCACUGUCAACGAUCAAAUUCGAUUCAUAUGCAUGGUCAAGGGGAUCUCGUGGAGAGAUUCCAAUGAAGAGAUUGAUUUAUAUACACAACUACUGCAGUUGACCAAUGUCAGGCAUACCAAGAUCAAAAAUUUAACUUCAAAAGAACGAAGUCUACUCAUCAUUUGUUGCGCCUUUGCCGGUGGCAGCCCUAUCAUACUUAUUGACGAUAUUCAUUCCGAUCUCGAUCUAGUCACACAAACUCUCGUUUGCAAUCUUAUCAAUGAAGAGAAAUUCAAGCGCACUAUCCUCUUGGUAUCUAACUCUACAGCCCUAGCGAGCCACUUGGCCGAUCGCCUAGCCAUCAUGUCCAAUGGGGAGCUUAAGUGCACCGGAAGCAAGCCAUUUCUGCGUAAUAUGUAUGGACAUGGUUUUCGUCUGACUUUCAUUAAAGGUAAAGCUUUCGAUUUGGGAGAGUUACAAAAUCUGUUAAGCAAAUAUCUCCCGAACCUGACAGUGGAAAGUGAUAUUGGCAAUAAAAUAACAUAUGUACUUGAGACUAAGUACGAGGACAGAUUUCCCAACCUGUUCGAUGAUCUGGAGGAAGAGAUGUUAAAUCUAGAUAUAAUCAGCUUUCGCAUACGCGACACGUCAUUGGAUGAGAUAUUUUUCCGAUUUGGUUCCGAGGAUGGAGAUGUGAGUGGAGAGCCAGCCGUGUUGAUAGAAGACUUGAAACUGGUCUUCGAAGACUCCGACAACUUUGGACGUGCCAAAGGAAAUAAACUUAUAAGAAUGCGUAUGCAGGCGCUGUUUAAAAUGCGCUUGAUACUAUAUAAACGACAUAUUGCCAUCAAAAUCAUGCAUGGCCUGGUUAUAUUGAUAGCCUCCUUAUGCACUUUCGCCCCGUUGCUGCUCUUCGGCAAAAACUAUCAACUAAUGCCAAUAUCGUUCAAUCUAACUCAGAUACGCUAUAUUGAUGCUUUUGUGGAAACUAUGUCAGGUAGUCUGGAUGUAGUUGAGAUGCAAGAGUGCUUCAUAGAAUUACUCUUCUGGUAUGAUGGUCAUGUUAAAAUAUUAAAGACAGCGGACAUUUCGGAUUUCUAUUUACUACUGCAAACUGAUUUCUUACGGUCAGUCAACUAUCACUAUAUAUUCGGUGCAUCUUUCGACACAGACAAAAUAACCGUCUGGUAUAACAAUAUACCACUUCAUGCCGCUCCGUAUGGCGUCAAUUUAGUUCAUAAUGUGAUUGCACGACGCUUCUUCAACGAGGAGGCUUCAAUUGAUGUGACACUGCAACCACUACCAUUCCGGGCCGAUGUGAACGCACUACCGCAGAUGUCGCUUAGUUUAGGCAUGAUGAUGGUCAUAAAUUUCUCGUUCAUAUUUAGCAAUGUGUGGAUGGACAUUAUCAUUUCUCACAUAAUGGACCAUCAUUUCAGGAAGCAACAGGCUCUCACAGGAAUGAGUCUCUCGAUUUAUUGCUUUUGCAUGUGUGUCUUCGAUUUCAUACGGGUUAUAAUUUUAACCUUACUGAUAGUAAUGGUCGUAUCGAUAUAUCUUAAUCCGCGACAUGAUGUGCAAUUAUACAUCUGGAUUUUUUUGGCGAAUUCAUUUAAUGGCUUCUCUGUGAUCACAUUAUCCUACCUGUUCGCCGUCUUGCCCAUUGAUCCAAACAAUGCGUUUAUUGCAGUUUCAAUCGUUAAUGUAUUGGGUAUCAUCAUGUUUAUUAUAACUGUCGGCGACAAUCUUGCCGAUAUUAACGGUUUUUUAAAGCCACUUCCGCAAUACACGUUUGCUGAGGUGAUGUUCAAAUUGGUUCGGCUCUACGAGUUCAGUGGGCUCUGCAAGAAUCCAACUAUCAGUUUCCUGUCGGCGAUGAUCGAAAACUGCAAUAUAUUACCUAACUGUUGCUCCUCGUACAGUUACUGGAGUAAUGAGUAUGGUAUAGUCGUUGAUUCUAUUAUGAUGUUGCUUGCCGUAUUUGUACCAGUAGGUAUAUUACUGCUGGUAGAAUACUACUCGCUAAUGAAAUGCAAAUGCAAGAGAAUACCUUUGCAAAAAAAGCAAAAGGCGAAGCUGCAGUCGCAGCAGUCGCAGCUUGAUCGUCAUCCUGACUAUUUUGUCGAUGAAUCGGUUCUUGCCGAAAGGAAUCUGAUAGAAAAGCUGGAUGAUAAGGAACGAUCAAAAUAUGCUGCCGUUUGUGAGGGCAUUGGCAAAAGCAUUGGCAAAAAAAUGAUUAUAAUACGUUUCGAUUUAUCUAUAGCCCACGCCGAAUGCGUUGGUCUAAUGGGAUAUAAUAAUAGCGGCAAGACGACAAUUGUCAAAAUGAUUGUUGGAGAUUCACAACCAUCGUAUGGACGAAUGUGGAUUGGGGGCUAUAGCACACAGAAUAAACGCUCAAAAUGUAAUCCAUUGUUGGGUUAUUGCUCACAGAAAGGAACACUCCCGAAAGACUUUACACCAUGCGAGCUGCUAAUCUUACAGUCAAAGUUGCACGGACUGCCCAAAAAGUUUGCCAUACCGAUCUGUGAUGGAUUGUCGCAUUUGUUGGGCUUCCAAAGCUGCUAUCGUCAGUUAAUCAAUAUAUGCACCACCGGCCAGAUAAGACGCAUUGGCUUCGCUCUGGCCUUAUUGGGUGAUCCGAUGUUAAUAUGCGUAGAUGGACCACCCGGCGGUAUUGAUCCCAAUGGCAAGCGUACCCUGUUCAGUCUGACUGCCUAUAUGCAAAAUCGUGGCUGCAGUUUUCUCUAUUCGAAUCUCUCGGCUUUGGACUGUGAGAGAUUGUGUGAGCGCAGUCCGAUUCUAUACAAUGGUCAGGUGUGGACGAUGGGCGCACAGACGGAGCGUUAUCGACGCGGAUAUGAGCUAGAAGUGCGCUUUAAGCGUAAAGCUAAUGCCGAUAUCAGCACGGCAAGAAGCACCUGGGAUCGCAUCAAUAAAUUUCCUGUUUCGCCGCACAACAAAUUGAUUCUUUUCGUUCAAAUGAAAUUUCCUGAAGCAAUUUUGCAGCUGCAACAGGACUACUGUAUGAUCUAUUAUAUACCACGCAAUUCGAUUAGUUUUGCAGAAAUAUUUCAGAUCAUUCGCAAGGAUGCGUUCGAAUUGAAUAUUGAGGACUUCUUCAUAACUCGCAACAUUGUUGGGGGCAUGCAGGCGCAACUAUUCGACAAUACAAUCCUUAAGGAUUUGAGAUAAAUCCAUUUAAUCUUCAAGUUUUUACAGACAGUAACUCCACGCUUGCCGUUCCAAGUAAAUCAUACAGUUUCUCUUUUCUAAAAGCUUCUUAACAGUUUCGUAGAAAUUUAGUUAAAAUAUUGGGCAAGCGCGGAGAAGCAAACAAAACAUCAAAUAUUUUAAAGAAAAACAAUUGUUUCUUAAAUUGUUUCAGUUUGCAAAGAAAACCAGAAAUUUAACUUAAAAAAACACCCGCAAAAGCUAGCUUGACAUGUACAUUGCUAACAUUACUUUCACACUUUUGCAGCUGUUCAGUAACAUGGCAUAUCGAUAGCAUUUAGCUGUCAUGCAGUUGUUAGCUGACAAAAAGCUACUUGAUUUUGUCGCAUGCCUUUACACAACUACACUA